AAUCCUUAAAAUCUAUGAUUUCUACAAUUUUGUACGAUUUCAAGGCUCAUCAAUUGGAACAAAAUUAGACCGGUCAAGUUGGAUUUUGUCCAUAAAACGGGUCAAGUUUACUUCCCCCAAUCCAACAUAAUGAACAACACAACCCUAAUCCGAUAAACAACCCUCAAUUUAUUUUCAUUCUCUUCCUCGUAUCUUAAAAUGGUGCAUUCUAUCGAAUUAACAAUCGAAGAAACUAAACAACUCAAAUUUAAAUUUAAGGAACAGAUAUCUAUAGCGAUUACAAAAUUAAUUCAAUAAACCCGCUGCUUUAGUAGUAAAUCCACCCAAUUAUGUCACUUAAUUAAUUGUUGACAUCUAACAAGAUUCGGGGAUGUCUCUUGAACGUUCCUUGGCAUGAUUAUAAAAGCCACAAACUCAAUGGGCUCCUCUAAGCUAUGCCAAAACCCCAUCCGAAACCCGCAAAAAACCCAUGGCGAUUCCCACACAACAACUCGCCACUCUCGUUGCCGUCUCCUUCCUCCUCCUACUACCCCACCCCUCGGCCGCGCAACCGAACCACCUCAUCACAGAAACCUGCAAGAAAACCCCCGACUUCGACCUCUGCGUAUCGUCCCUCUCCGCCGCCCCACGAGCCGCCAGAGCCACCACCGUCAGGGAACUGGCGCUCGCCAUGAUCCACGUGGUCGAGGCCAAGGCCACUACGACGUCGCUUUACAUCAAGCAGCUUGCCAAGACGGCGUCGUUUCGCGGUGAAGAAGAAGCCGCUCUCAAAGCUUGCGAGUUCUACUACGGGAUUAUCAUCGACUACGAUGUCCCUGGAGCCGUGACGGAAGUGAGAUACGCGAAUCCGAAGUUUGGGGUGGACUCGAUGGUGGAUUCGGCGAGGGAGGCGGAAUUGUGCGAGGAGGAGUUUCGUGGGGGGAAUAAGUCGCCGUUGACCGGACUGAAUAUGGCCGUCCGGCGACUCGCCAACGUGGCGGUGGCCAUCAUCAAAAGUGUUCAUUGAUAAUGUAUACAGUUGUACGUUCGUUCAUCAUAUCGAAAAUUUGUUAUGUGUUUUUAUUUUUUGUUAAAGCAAAUAAAACGUGAUUCGUCAGCUAUGUAUGACGGGCUUCUCACGAUUGAGAGGUUUGAUUUAACGCUACAAUAAAAAGGUAAAAUUCUA